AUGGCAGCUGAUGCGGCCACCCGGCGCUCCGCGCAGAUUGCUCAGGAACUGCAGGAGCAGCUAGAGUCUCAAGAGAAAGAGUUGGAGGAGUUGCAGGAAGCGCACCGGGCGCUUGUGGAAGAGAAGUUCCAGGUGCCUUCGGCGCAAGAAAUCCCACGUAAGCGCCCCUGCCCGGGGCUGGCGGACGAUCCGCGGCCCUCCGACCUGAUCAAGCUGAAUGUCGGGGGCGACACGAGCUUCACCAUGACCCGGGACACGCUGACGGCCGUGCGGGGAUCUCGGUUGGCCCAGCUCUUCAGCGGCCGCUGGGAUGAGCGGCUGCGGCGGGACGCCGAGGGCCGCGUGUUCCUGGACUUCCAUCCCCUGCAGUUCCGGAAGAUGCAGCGGCUGCUGAGGGACGCCAAGCGGACGGGGCCCGGCUCCAAGCCGUCGGAGCCGGCUGACUACGAGAAAACAUUGCCGGAAUGGUGCAGACCUGGAUUCGUGCCCUUGUGCAACUUCUUGUGCUCGCCGAACACCUGCAAAUUCCCUGCGCCGCGGGUGGACGGCGCGCCGGAGUUGCGCGACAUGGCACCGGCAGCAAGCAGCGGUGCGAAAAGGAGAAAGAUUUUCGACUCCGCGCUGGUAGGCGCUGAACAAGCCGAACUUCUGGAAAGCUGGGUCGCCCCUGUCUCCACUGGACUCGCAGGCUCUUCUUUCGAGCUCAUGUUCCGGGCGUCCCGGGACGGCUGGACGGCGCAGGCCUUCCACCAGAAGUGCGACGGCAAGGGGCCCACGGUGGUUGUGGCCAAGAGCCAGGGAGGCCACCUGUUCGGCGGGUACACCGAAGUGCCCUGGGACAGCUCAGGACAGUACAAGCCUUGCCAGCAGUCCUUCCUUUUCCGUUUGGCGGGCCCGGACAGCAGCACGCAGCCUUCCAAGCACCAAAUCUUCCAGAACCACCACAACGGGAUCUACUGCAACGCAUCAUAUGGUCUAACUUUCGGUGGUGGCCAUGAUCUACGUAUUCAGCAGUCGGGCAGCAGUGCUGUUGUGGCUUUCAACGUUGGACACACGUACAGCCCAAACAGCAGCACUCCAGCGGGCGGAAGCUUCACCUACCUUGCCGAGGCGCAGUCGAAUGUAGCCCUCACCGACUACGAGGUGUUUGUCGUCAAGGCGGACUCACGCGCAAGUUUGGAGUCAACACUCCGAGUGCUGAAGUCAUUGUCCACUUUGGCAAGCUCUCAGCCGGACGCUCGCGAAGAACAACUUCUGCAGACUGCACUUCGGGCUUGCAUCGACACCUGCGAGUAUGGCCAGUCCCUUCUACAAGUGAGAAGAGACCUCGAGCAUUCCCAAGACACUUUUGAACAGGAGGCUCAGUUUUUGCAGCGCUUCUUCGGAAACGACAAAGACAUUGUGCAUUUGAACGUUGGUGGCAAGCGCAUGGCAACCUUGCUUUCAACAUUGACUUUUUGUGAAGGCUCCUACCUUGCAACCAAGUUCGGUGGUACCUGGACGCUGCAAGAAGCGGAGAUGGUGGAGGGAGGAGUAUGGUUUGACGAAGACCCAGAUUUGUUCGAAGCAGUGUUGAUGCACAUCAGAGUCGGCAGCCUCCUGGGCGAAAGCUUCGCUCCAAAACCAGACGAGAAAAAAUCGUGGGACAGGUUGGUGGAUGACCUGAUGCUGGUCGAUUACUUCAAGCGUGUCGUGUCAGUCGACUCCGAGCUACUCGGAGCUUCGGUGGAUGACCUCAUGACAUUCUUGCCAGAGCCAGGAGCUGGGAAGAAGAUUGCCCUCGAGCUCCUGUUCCGGGCGUCCCGGGACGGCUGGACGGCGCAGGCCUUCCACCAGAAGUGCGACGGCAAGGGGCCCACGGUGGUUGUGGCCAAGAGCCAGGGAGGCCACCUGUUCGGCGGGUACACCGAAGUGCCCUGGGACAGCUCAGGACAGUACAAGCCUUGCCAGCAGUCCUUCCUUGGAGAGCAGCACGCAGCCGUCCAAGCACCCAAUCUUCCAGAACCACCAGCACGGGAUCUACUGCGACACAUCAUACGGUCCACUUUUCGGUGGUGGCCAUGA